UCAUUGAAACUGAAAUGGUAAUCGUUCGUACAGUGUAAUUAGUGAAAUUAUUUUGAAUUACUUUAUUUCAUUUGCUAGUAUAUAUAUUAAAUAAAAAUAGUAGAUAGUAAAUUAAUUGGUGCUCAGUGACCUCCAGAUCUUUAUUUAAAUUGAUUAUCGUUACCAUUACUAUUAGCAAACCAGCCGUGGCUUGUGACGAGGAGACAGAUUAUUAUUUAUUUAAUAAUUUUAAAUAAAUAAAAAAAUGUUUACGAUACAUCAAAUAAAGUAUAAGGAAUUCCUUUCGUCUUGAAUCCUCUAUGUCAAGAGACGGCAUCGCGAGCGCUAUGAGCGGUAGCAGGUGACGGCGCGGCGGCGCGGGGACGGGCGCGAUGGCGCCCUCGGGCCGGUGACGGUAGCAGCCAUGGCGGAGGCGGAGGGCGCGGGGCAGCCGGAUGCGGUGCUGCUGGCGCCCCUGUCCGAGGACACGUUCCUGCACAACCUGCACGUGCGCUACAAACGAGACAUAAUAUACACGUACGUGGGCAACGCGCUGGUGUCAGUGAACCCGUGCCGCGCGCUGCCGCUGUACUCGGCGGAGCUGGUGCGCGCGUACCUGGCGCGCCCGCCCUACCAGUUGCCGCCGCACCUGUACGCGAUCACGGCCACGGCGUACCGCUGGGUGCGCGACAGGAACGAGAGCCAAUGUAUAGUGAUCACGGGCGAGAGCGGCGCGGGCAAGACGGAGGCGGCGCGGGUAUGUCUGCAGUGCGCCGUGCUGGCCGGCGCGCCCUGCGCCCCCGCGGCCGCGCCGCUGCAGCGCGCGUGGGAGCACUACCGCGUGCUGCGCGCGUGCAGCGGCUGCGGCUGCAGCGCGCGUGGGAGCACUACCGCGUGCUGCGCGCGUGCGUGUGUGCGUGCGUGUGUAGCGGGCGUGAGCGUGUGUGUGUCCCCAGAGCGGCUGCGGCUGCAGCGCGCGUGGGAGCACUACCGCGUGCUGCGCGCGUGCAGCGGCUGCGGCUGCAGCGCGCGUGGGAGCACUACCGCGUGCUGCGCGCGUGCGUGUGUGCGUGCGUGUGUAGCGGGCGUGAGCGUGUGUGUGUCCCCAGAGCGGCUGCGGCUGCAGCGCGCGUGGGAGCACUACCGCGUGCUGCGCGCGUGCAGCGGCUGCGGCUGCAGCGCGCGUGGGAGCACUACCGCGUGCUGCGCGCGUGCGUGUGUGCGUGCGUGUGUAGCGGGCGUGAGCGUGUGUGUGUCCCCAGAGCGGCUGCGGCUGCAGCGCGCGUGGGAGCACUACCGCGUGCUGCGCGCGUGCAGCGGCUGCGGCUGCAGCGCGCGUGGGAGCACUACCGCGUGCUGCGCGCGUGCGUGUGUGCGUGCGUGUGUAGCGGGCGUGAGCGUGUGUGUGUCCCCAGAGCGGCUGCGGCUGCAGCGCGCGUGGGAGCACUACCGCGUGCUGCGCGCGUGCAGCGGCUGCGGCUGCAGCGCGCGUGGGAGCACUACCGCGUGCUGCGCGCGUGCGUGUGUGCGUGCGUGUGUAGCGGGCGUGAGCGUGUGUGUGUCCCCAGAGCGGCUGCGGCUGCAGCGCGCGUGGGAGCACUACCGCGUGCUGCGCGCGUGCAGCGGCUGCGGCUGCAGCGCGCGUGGGAGCACUACCGCGUGCUGCGCGCGUGCGUGUGUGCGUGCGUGUGUAGCGGGCGUGAGCGUGUGUGUGUCCCCAGAGCGGCUGCGGCUGCAGCGCGCGUGGGAGCACUACCGCGUGCUGCGCGCGUGCAGCGGCUGCGGCUGCAGCGCGCGUGGGAGCACUACCGCGUGCUGCGCGCGUGCGUGUGUGCGUGCGUGUGUAGCGGGCGUGAGCGUGUGUGUGUCCCCAGAGCGGCUGCGGCUGCAGCGCGCGUGGGAGCACUACCGCGUGCUGCGCGCGUGCGUGUGUGCGUGCGUGUGUAGCGGGCGUGAGCGUGUGUGUGUCCCCAGAGCGGCUGCGGCUGCAGCGCGCGUGGGAGCACUACCGCGUGCUGCGCGCAGCGGCUGCGGCUGCAGCGCGCGUGGGAGCACUACCGCGUGCUGCGCGCGUGCGUGUGUGCGUGCGUGUGUAGCGGGCGUGAGCGUGUGUGUGUCCCCAGAGCGGCUGCGGCUGCAGCGCGCGUGGGAGCACUACCGCGUGCUGCGCGCGUGCAGCGGCUGCGGCUGCAGCGCGCGUGGGAGCACUACCGCGUGCUGCGCGCGUGCGUGUGUGCGUGCGUGUGUAGCGGGCGUGAGCGUGUGUGUGUCCCCAGAGCGGCUGCGGCUGCAGCGCGCGUGGGAGCACUACCGCGUGCUGCGCGCGUGCGUGUGUGCGUGCGUGUGUAGCGGGCGUGAGCGUGUGUGUGUCCCCAGAGCGGCUGCGGCUGCAGCGCGCGUGGGAGCACUACCGCGUGCUGCGCGCGUGCGUGUGUGCGUGCGUGUGUAG